AUGGGAAUUGCAGACCUUUGGCCCGUCUUAAGCACCGCUGCAGGCGCCAGGGUGCCCUUUCCGGUGUUCUUGUCUGAAUUCGUCGAGAAGAAUGGUCGGCCGCCAAGAAUGGCCAUCGAUGCAUACAUGUUCAUGUUCUGGUCGCAGUUACCAACGCUGGAAGUGCUAGAUGAGCAGGUUCAGCGGCGGAUUCUUCGCAAUUUCAUGGCCAAACUCUGGUAUCUUGUGCAGAACAACGUGCUGUUUGUAGUGGUUUUCGACGGCAAGUUCAAGCCGGGAAAGCUCCGUCACGGACAUAUCCCAGAGCUUCCCGAGUCGCUAUCGUAUGACGAGGCUCUUCGGUAUUUCCGCACGAUUCCGUCCUGGAAAUAUGAAGAGGGCAAUGGUCUUGUAGAAUCGCUUAAAAAAAUCCUCCAGAGAAACCGCAUCGACUGGGUUCAGGCGCCCGCAGAGGCCGAGGCCGAAUGUGCAUGGCUCCAGCGGUUGGGCAUCGUCGAUUACGUAGUUUCCGACGACUCAGAUACUCUUGUAUUUGGUGCUACGAAAGUUUUGAGGUCUUUCAAUCGGGUGAAGUACUACGAUGAGGAAAACGAGCCGGUUCUCAGCUCCUCGGACUACUACGUCACACCCUUGGAAAUGGCGGAAAUCACCAAAGUGACAGGCCUAACGAGAGAAAGGCUUAUAUUUAUUGCUGUUUUGCGUGGUGGUGACUAUUCCUCUGGAUCGGAGGGAAUAGGCAUAACACGAGCCAAAGAGCUCGCAAUGUGUGGUACCACCAUGCUACUAGAUCUUCCGCGCAAGCUGAUGCAAGACUUUGGCUCGUUUCCGGAUUUUGCUACAAUAUUCGGAAAUUGUUUCGUGAAUUCAGAUGUUUGGACGCAAGUACUAGCGAAUCCCUACUACGGCAUCAAAGACGAACUAGAUCGUUCCGAGAGUUUGCUCUCCUUCACCGACCAUCUCAACACGUUCAUCAACCUGGAUGCGAAAAAUAUUUUUGGAAGAGCCACUAAAUUGAAGGAGCAAGUAAAGAUCGAUGACUACUACGCUAUGCUUUACUUCUAUCCUUUCGUUAACACUACGUUGUUCAAGUUUACACCUUCAUCUGUCAGUUUCGGAGAAUUAACAGCGGUGCAAAAUGAUCUAACUGUUUCCGCGCCUGGAAAGUUCGCUCGUGACAACGCUAUAUUUGGCCCUGGCGUCUUGGGAUAUCUGAACUUUGAUGACCAAAUGCAACAUCAAUUUAUAUCUGAGAUGGACCUAGUGGCUGAAAAAUAUUCGCUUCCACGGGAGAGGAAAUACAACUUGCGUCCCUUCGCUCUAAAGCUCGUUAACGAACCUAAGUUCUGGAAGCAUAUCCAUUUUGUUCGCACGAAGAACCUAGAGGGCACAAAGAUGGCAGUGUUGAAGUUUGAGAGAGUCAAUUUAAACGAGGCCGUCUACCUCAAGAAGUAUAACAAGAAGGAUUUUCCAGAGCACUAUGAUCUCAUUGAUUACCCAGAAGGUCCGGAACAGCCAACGACUGAGAAACUGGAAGAUCCAAAUUCCAACGAUGACGAGCAGAACCCCAUAAAGAUUAGCAAUGAUGAAGAUGCUGACACGCCCGAAGAAGAAAUUGAGGAAGAUGACGAAAAAAUGCUAGAGGUUGUGAUCCCUUACAAAAUGCUCGUAUACGUCUCAAAAGAGUACGCAACAAGACAUCAACUCUCGCCAAGUCGAAAGUCUCCCAAGAAGAAACUUCCUCCCCAAAAGACCACUUUGGAUAGUAUAUGGUCAAGGUUGCCUUCUCCAACGAAAGCUGCUGAACAGACCCUAGCGCAGCCCGAAGAAGCAAAAAGUGAUGAAAAAAAAUUGAAUGUGAAGUUGGAACUGGUCAAGCAGGAAAUAAUUACAAUCGAUCUAACGCAAAUUGAUGACGAAGAGCCGGGUUUGUCUGAAAGCAGCCUGGCACUCAACAAAAAGGGUGCUCCGAGGGAAAGUGAUCGUUCCAGGGCAAGAUCCCCAUCACCGAGUUCGGCAAAACAAAAGGCAUUCGCAAAACCAAGAAGAAAAUCGCCCUCGCGGAAGCUCAAAGGCUCGUUAUUACCAGGGCAAUCGAAAGUUACUUCAUUUUUUCAGCCUACAACAAGAACUAAGGAUCCACAAACACCACUCUUUGUUUCUUCAGAUGAAGACCUGGGAGCUUACGAGAAACUACAACGUGAUCUCCAACAGAUGCCGACAUUACGUAGAGGUGUCUCCUUUGAGGAGGAAGAGAGCCCCUCCAAAAAGCCCCGGCUCAACGUUAUAAAUAUCUCACCAGAUGCAUCGCCUCUCAAAGAUAAAUUCUUGGGAGAUUUCGACAUCAAAUUGCCGAUUUGA